AUGGGAAUUUUAUCUAACUCAGCAUUGAGUGAGCGUGUUGCGCCACCAUUCAGUGAAUUUCGAACCCCCUUUAUUAAUACAGGAAGGUUAAAUGAUGCAGAUGAGGAAGAUGAAGUUUUCGGAAUUAAGCAAUUUGUUGAGGAGUUAGAUACACAUGGGCAACAGUCUUUUGCUCAAAGAGGAGUUGCCGAUCUUUACGACGAUUAUUAUGACCCAUAUCCCUCAUGGAGUUCCAAUAAAGAGAUCCCAAUAACACGUGACAGAAUCCAAUUCAUUUUCGUUAAGCUCUCGAAGCUAUUUGGCUUCCAAUACGACAACGCACGCAACAUGUACGACUACUUUAUGAGACUUCUUGAUUCAAGAGCAUCCAGAAUGGGACCAAGCCAGGCUUUAAAGACUCUACAUGCAGAUUACAUAGGUGGUGAGAAUUCCAAUUACAAGAAAUGGUAUUUUGGGGCCCAGAUGGAUAUUGCCGACUAUAUCAGUGCAGCAGGACAGGAGAAGGAGAAACUAUCAUUCAAAAAAGUAGAAAAGGAGUUCCCACUUCCAAAAUCUCAAAAUAACUGGGCAGAAAGUAUGAAGCAACUUUCAACCGAAGAUAGAGUUGUUCAACUGGCCAUUUACCUUAUGAUUUGGGGUGAAGCCAACGUGGUCAGAUUUAUGCCCGAAUGCGUGUGCUUUCUUUUUAAAUGCUGCAUCGACAUUUUUUACUCUCUGGAUUUUUCGUCCAAUGUCAGUCCUUUAGCUACAAGCUUCUUGGACCAUGCUAUAACCCCAAUUUAUACGUUUUACCGUGAUGAACUAUACGAGAAGAAAGGAGACUCAUAUGUUCUCAGAGACAGAGAUCAUGCUAAAAUCAUUGGCUAUGAUGACAUCAACCAGACUUUUUGGUUCAAAGACUGCUUGGAAAAAAUCCAAUUGAAAUCUAAGCAAAGGCUAUUCGAAAUUCCAGCCCAGGCUAGAUUCCUUUAUUUAGAUCAGAUUGAGUGGAAGAAGUCGAUCCGUAAAACCUAUUACGAAUACAGAUCCUGGUAUCAUGCCAUAAUCGAUUUCAAUCGAAUUUGGAAUAUUCACAUCGGGAUGUUCUGGUACUACACAUGUUUCAAUUGCAAACCAUUAUAUACACCGGAUUAUGAUGUGAGCGUCAACAACCAGCCUAACCUUUCUGUCACAUUCUCACUUCUUUCUUUGGCAGGCUCAAUCGUUUCAUUUGUUAACUUGAUUUCUUUGGCAUAUGAACUUGUUAUAGUUCCAAGAAGAUGGCCGGGAGCAAUUCCUAUGUUUUCAAGAAUUUCAUUUACCCUACUUCUAUUCAUUAUCAAUACGGCUCCUACCAUCUACAUUCUUGUGUUCUUUGGAAUUUCAAAGUCGAGCAGAUCAACACUCACAAUCUCCAUGAUUCAAUUCAUUAUUUCCAUCUUCACCGUUUGCUAUUGCUCUAUUGUGCCACUUUCAAUGCUCACAUUUAAUCCAUUCAAAUCCCAAAGAAGAAAGUUCCUUCCAAACAUUUACUUCACGAACUCUAUCUGCCAACUUCAAGGUAAGAGGAUUCUUGCAUCAUACGGUCUCUGGAUAGGAGUCUUUGCCUCAAAGUUUUUAGAGUCCUAUUUCUUUUUAACUUUGAGUUUGAAAGAUCCGAUCAGGGAGCUCAGCUUAAUUAAGAUUGACCACUGCAUCGGAGAGCAAUACUUUGGUUCGUUUCUCUGCAGUAGACAGCCAAUAAUCUUAAUGGUGCUGCUUUUUGCCACGAGUAUGACACUUUUUUUCCUUGAUACAUAUCUCUGGUUCAUCAUCUGGAACACAGCAUUCUCGAUUUGCAGAGCUUUUUAUUGCGGUGUUUCAAUAUGGACUCCAUGGAAAAACAUGUUUGUACUCUUGCCUAAACGGAUUGGAUCAAAGAUCAUCAGCCCUUCUGUUAUGGUCGAUGCUUCAACAGUGACAAAGAACGCAAUUAUAUCCAAGAUUUGGAAUUCAAUCAUUAUCUCUCUUUACCGGGAGCAUUUAAUCUCCAUCGAUCACCUUGAACAUCUUAUCUAUCAAUUUGCAACAAAUGAAAAAGGAGAAAAAAUCAUAACCGAGCCACUUUACUUCAUCGAAACAGAAGAUAAUGACAAUCUUGGCUUUGGAGGAGAUAUCACUAUAAGUCCGGAUUGUGAGGCCAGCCGCCGACUUUCGUUUUUUGCCCAUUCAAUGUCCACCCCAAUGCCAAAAGCGCCAUCUGUCAAUGAAAUGCCAUCCUUCUCAGUUCUCAUUCCUCACUAUGCGGAAAAGAUCACGCUCUCCUUGCAUGAAAUUGUGAGAAAGGAGAGUGAGCAUAGCAAUCUUACCCUACUAGAAUACUUGAAGCAAUUGUAUCCAGACGAGUGGCAUAAUUUUGUGAGAGAUACAAAGCUAUUGGCUGCAGAGAAAAAGGAAAGAAGAGAAAAGAAGAUUCACGAACAGUCAGACAUGGAUUCUGGUGAUCUGCCUUAUUAUGCAGUUGGAUUUAAGACAGCAACUCCAGAGUAUAUUCUUCGAACCAGGAUUUGGGCUUCUCUUCGCAGUCAGACUCUAUUUAGGACUAUAUCAGGAUUCAUGAAUUAUUCAAGAGCCCUUAAACUCUUGUACACAACCGAAAGUGGCGAUCCAAGCGAGUGCUCAAACCAAAAGAAGUCAGAGGAGGCAAACGUUUUGGCCGAGCGCAAAUUUAGAAUAGUCACUUCUCUUCAAAAAAUGUGUGACUUCGAUGAGGAACAAGAAGAAGCAAAGGAACUUCUUUUGAGAACAUAUCCAGAGCUCCAAAUCAGUUAUCUAGAGAUUGUUAUAGAUCCAGAGACAAAGGAAAAAACGUAUUAUUCGGCUCUUAUUGACGGAUUUUCGGACGUUCUUGCAAACGGAAAGAGAAAGCCAAAGUAUCGGAUUCGCUUAUCAGGCAACCCUAUCUUGGGUGAUGGCAAAUCAGAUAAUCAGAAUCACACCAUUAUCUUUUGCAGGGGUGAAUAUUGCCAGUUAAUUGACGCAAACCAAGACAACUAUCUUGAAGAAUGCCUAAAGAUCAGAAAUUUACUUAUGGAGUUUGAAGAAGUCAAGGUUCCUGCCGAUGUUUAUGGUCCUGUUCCAACACCUGUUGCCAUAGUUGGAACUAGAGAAUACAUCUUUUCCGAAAAUGUUGGUGUUCUUGGUGACGUUGCAGCGGGAAAAGAGCAGACUUUUGGUACACUUUCAGCAAGAACUAUGGCAUUUGUGGGAGGAAAGUUGCAUUAUGGACAUCCAGAUCUUUUGAAUACAGUCUUCAUGACGACACGGGGAGGAUACUCAAAAUCUCAGAAAGGACUCCACUUGAAUGAAGACAUAUAUGCUGGAAUUAACGCCCUUCUUAGAUCAGGUCAAAUCAAACAUUGCGAAUACCUACAAUGCGGGAAAGGGAGAGACUUGGGAUUUAGUUCAAUUCUCAACUUUACCACUAAGAUUGGCUCAGGUAUGAGUGAGCAAAUGCUUUCGAGGGAAUAUUUCUAUCUUGGGACCCAAAUGAAACUAGAUAGAUUCCUAUCUUUCUACUAUGCACAUCCUGGAUUCCACAUGAACAACGUCUUUAUUAUGCUAUCGUUGAAACUAUUUAUGCUAUUCUGCAUCAAUCUUGCAACAUUGACUGAGAGCACUGUAAUCUGCAGUUAUAACAAGGAUGUUCCUUUCACAGACAAACGCAAACCACCUGGCUGCCACAACUUGAUUCCAGUUAUUGAUUGGGUCCAAAGAUGUGUCCUUUCAAUUUUCAUUGUCUUCGGAAUCUCAUUUCUCCCACUUUGCAUCCAGGAACUCAUGGAACGUGGUGUGUGGAAAUGCUGCUCCAGAAUUGGACGUCACUUCAUCUCAUUAUCUCCAAUGUUCGAGGUGUUUGUCUGCAGAGUAUAUUCCAAGUCUCUUGUAAAUGAUUUCUCUCUUGGUGGUGCAAAGUAUAUUGCAACCGGUAGAGGGUUUUCUACAAUAAGAAUGCCUUUCUAUAAGCUUUACGCAAGAUUUUCUCACGAGAGCUUCUAUCUUGCAGCCAGCUUAACUUUGAUGCUUUUAUACACUUCCAUCGUGAUGUGGAAGCUCAGUCUCCUCUAUUUCUGGUGUACUGUUUUGUCCUUGCUUCUGUCACCAUUCUGGUUCAACCCAGAGCAAUUCAGCUUCAGCGAGUUUUUUAUCGAUUAUCGCCGAUUCUUACAAUGGCUUACUGGUGGAAAUAUUUUAUUCAGUUCUGAAUCCUGGAUAACACAUAUCAGGGACCUGAGAAUGCAAAGCACUGGUUCCAAGAAUAGAAGACAUAAGAAAAUGCAAAACGAGCAGAAUUUCAAUCAAAACAAAAAGCCGUCUUUCUUGGGACUAAUUUUCACUCAAUUGGUUCCAACAUUGCUUGUGACGUUGUUCAUAUGCGCUGCCUUCAUAUUUUCUAAUGCUCAGAAUGGAACUAUAUCUGCAUCACCAGCAAAUUCGAUACUCAGAUUGGUAGUCAUAUCAUUUGGUCCAAUUAUUCUCAACAUGGGUAUUCUUCUUCUCUUUUUUAUAGUGUCUUUGAUCACAGGGCCGGUUCUUUCCUGCUGCACUACAAAAGUUGCAGCUCUCAUGGCGAAUAUCACACACUUCGUAUCUGUGGCAAAUUACCUCCUCUUCCUUGAUUUCUUGUUUCUCUGUCAGAAUUGGGACAUCUCAAGGACACUUUUGGGAAUAUGCGCAUGCUGUUCGAUCGAGACCCUAACUUUCAAGGCGUUGAUAAUAAUUUUAAACAGAGAAUUCAAAGCAGAUAGUGCAAAUAAAUCAUGGUGGACUGGCACAUGGUUCAACUCAGGAUUGGGUUGGCAUAUCCUCACUCAGCCAUUGAGAGAAUUUGGCUGUAAAACUAUUGAACUGUCACUGUUUGCAUGCGAUUUCUUGGUCUCACACAUUCUCCUUCUAAUCCAGUUCCCAUUGCUUUUCAUUCCUUACAUGAACAAGUUGCAUUCAUUCCUAUUGCUCUGGCUCAAACACGAAGGGAUUAUUGGCAAGCCAGUUUAUUCAAGAAACAAGCGCAGGAUAAGAGAAAGAACAACAAUCUCGUACUUUGUUGUCUUUGCUCUGAUCAACAUGAUUAUCAUAGGUGUGGUGAUAGUGCCAUACAUUGCUGUUAAAGCCUUUAAUGUGGACUUUGAUUCGUUAGUUCCAGAAUUCGCCGUUUCACUUCUCCAACCACUUGAAGAUGAUGGAGAAAACCAAGGCUUGAAAAAUUAUAUUUCAUUCACAAAAGAUAUCUAG